AUCUUAAAGGGCUUUAUGUAAUUCGGAGUGAAAUUAGCUAAUCUAAGUCAAAGUAUUAAAUUAUUACCAUACAAAACUCGGAAAUUGCUCAGUAACUACCUUCCCAAGGCUGCAAGAAAGGAUUUACGCUUCUUAUUAGUACUGCUGAACGAGGACAUAAAUACAUACAUACUUCUGAAUGUGCAUUGCAUUUGCUGUUGCACCAAGAAUUGAAAGAUUUUCACAGAUUUUGGCCAAGUUCCCAUUUGUUUGCAACUAUCAUUUGCAUUUGUGCCGAUGUUAUGUAUUUUGCUGUUAGCUAUAUAAGUUGUCUCUGACAGAGAGUGGGUUCUUCCGAGUGUCAUAUUUAUUUUUAAGCUGUUUCUCACUAAAUGGGGAGAGAAGAAGAGAGACGACGGAAGACGAGUUCUCGGGAAAUUUUGUGUCGUUGUUUUAGUUGAAACAAGCAAGCUUAUGUAUCUACCAGUUGAAGUUAUAUAUCGCCAUCACGAAGAAUAUCGGUCUCGACAAAGUUUAUUCAUCAAAUUAUGUUUAUGGACAUGAAAUCUGCAUCUUCAGAUGAUUGUAAAAAUUCUUCAAGCAAUAUAUAAGCACUCAAGACAAGAUUUCAACUGGAAUCUUAAAGGUGCAAUAAGUGGUGGAAGAAAUAAAGUUAGCGAAGUGCACCCAAAACUAGAUUGAAAAGAGAAAUUUUGUAGUAAUCUCGGUUCUCCAACAAAGAAAAGGUUGAAUUCGACUAAUAUUCCCCAAAAAUUAUCUGAAAAAAUGUGCAUACAGUGAACAGGUUAUCAAAUUAAAUUUUUCGUGUUAAGUGUUGUCCAUAUUGUUUGUCCAUCUAACGUUUGCAUUUUUAAAAAAUUUGUACGCGUGGGAGAUAAAUUUGGUGAUGGCCCAGUUCAACUCUCUCCAUGAAAAGAUUUUAAACGUUUCGGCUUGAUAGAGACUUUUUUGAAGACUACGAGUAUGUUAUGCAAGAUUAGCAUAGCACAAGUAACAGGACAAUAUAUUGCAAGAAGGGAUUUGAGUCCAUAUAAAUAUACAUAUAUGCAAACAAAAUAUUCCUCCGAGUUCAUGCAAUAUUAAUAAUAAUACUAGUGACUAGUAUUAUACUACACACAGUACGGAUGUGUGGGCAAACAUAAAACAAAGUCCAUUGUAAUUUUGUGAAGAAUCGAUAAAAUACAUAAAACAAACAAACAUUGUUGUUUUUGUUGGGUACCUUGAAUAAUGUAUAAUCUUCUGGUGAGGUGAAGGUGUCAGUGUAGCGAAACAACGAAACCGUACAGAGAAAACAAUGCAACUCAUAAGAAAGAGGCAAGACAAUGAUAUCAAUUGAAUGAUGACAUGAGUUGACUCGCAGAAUCGAUGGGGAGUCGCAAAGAAGAUAAGUCAAAGUCGAAAAGUAAAGGGGGUAGCAAGAAAAAAGCUGCUGGGGCAUAUGUGACGCUCACGUUGAGAUCGGACUCAGAUCCAGCGACAUCAUCAGUACGCAACAGUCUCACAGGGAAACCUCCUGGGGGAGACUUGUACCCUCCGUCCCCAAACAUGCCAAGUGUGGGGUUCUUAGGGGGGAAUGGUGGUCGGCCACAUCAUCACCUCUCCACCGAUUAUGUCACCGCGCCGCUCCCAGUCAACCAAGAUGUCCAAUUGCAAAUGCAAGGAUGCAAACUCCGCACUCUUCAAGCAAUGCGAGACAAGGCGUCUACAGACGUGGAGAAACUGUGGAAAAAGUACGAAGCCAGUGGUCAUCCUCAAGAUCAGGCAGAGUUUGAGAAAGCUCAGCAAGGUCUCAAAAAGAUUGAAAGUCAGAUGAAAACAUUUCGACAAAGUUCACCAAAUUUGCAGCUACAAGCUCCAGUACCAUUUGGCCAAUUUUCUGGAGGUCACCAAUCUGUGCCUUUUCAACCGCCGCCACGCCACAGGAACCCACUCGCUGGUCCUGCAAUGUCGACAGCGCCCACCUACCAAAACUUAAAUUGGAUCUGUUCUGAUAACGAUAUGGACCAACCACCCCCUCCGCUCCCACCAAGGACCCAUCAUUAUCCUAAUUUGGACACUUCUAACCACCAUCUAAAUAACCACAAUCAAGGGCACAAGCAUUUCAACAAUACUAACCAGGAUCUACUAACCAAGCAAAACUCUUUCGGAUCAAGUCCCAACAAUAAUGGCCAAAGUAAUGCACAACAGCAGCAGACGCAUCAUCGUGCAAAGUCAAGCCCAGAUCCGGUGUCGAUGCAAAAGGCUUUGAAUUCGGAAGGUUCAAAGCGAUCUGACUCUUUUAACGACUUGAGUAAUAAUUCUUCCUCAUCAUCCAAGAAAAAUUCAAGAUCGCGAAGUGCUUGGGAUUCUGUUGAUUCGAACCACCUGAGCCCCCCUGGCAGUCCUCCUCCGCCAUAUCUCAACAAGUUCAACAACUCCUCGUCCGCUGACCAUGAAAGCAGUUCCAACAAUGAAUAUCAAAAUAAUAGCAAUGUGAGCUUAUCAUCACUAGAACGUGGGCUAUCUGGUGCUCUGCCAAAUAGAUCCAGUCAGUUUUCAGCGGUCGAUAUAAUCGCGAUGGAGGAGGACGACGCGGUCCUAUGGCCUAAUGAGCCGAUCGUCCCUACAAUUACGGGUUUUCAUGGGCCUUACUCCAGUCUUUCAAGGCUUUUGGAACAUAACGCACAUUUAGCUGUAUUUAUUAAUUAUGUGAUAGACAAUAGAAAAGAUCCAAGUAGUUUACUUUUUUACUUAAUAACCGCAUUAGACAUUGAAGAAGGAGGUACGAAAGAAAUGAAGAGGUGGGGAUAUGAAAUUCAUUCCACAUUUAGUGCUCCCGGCGCUCCCUUACUAGUUCCAAAUGUGGAUGAGAACAUUGCAGCUGAAAUUGAUGACAGCUUACUACACGAAGUCGACAAAGAGGAAAUGAUGAGAAGGGUCUUCCGGAAAGCUCGAAAUAAGGCAAAGGAAGAAAUAAAUAAGCAGCUGGAAGAAUUUUGCAAUAAACGAACAGCUGGACUUGGAAGUAUGUAUGGACCUCCUGACAACCAACUGGACGAAAGUCUUCAUGACAAGAACAAGGAACUACGGAUUGUAGAAACUUAUCUUGUCCCUAGAGUCGAACAGUUCAGCUCUGAAGUUGAUAAAAACAAUGAGGGUCGUACAUUUGCCAUAAUGAUUGCAGUCGCAACAGUUAUAGUCAAGUUAUUUGGGUUGAGAAAUCAUCCAAAUUUAAACCUCAUUUUGGAACGACAUGGUAGUUUUAUGUCCAAAGACAAGUCAAUGAAGUCUAGGUUCAUUAGCAAGCCAAAGAAGGUUGCCCACAAUGGUCAUCACUUUGUGUUGCAAUGUUACUCUUCCUACACAGAAUGCAACAUUUGUUCAAAAUUACUGUGGGGCAUUGGGCCUCAAGGACAGCAAUGUGUUGAUUGUAAUCUCAACAUUCAUAAAAGUGUUGAUACGUACAGAACGCACAACUGCAUAAACGAUAUUCAUGACGUUUGUCUUGGAACAAACAAUCAAAAAAAUAAAGCCAACGAUAAGUUUAGACGGUUUCGGGAUAGAAUUCGCCCGGAGAAAGACCCAAAGAAACGAAUCAGUAAGAAGCUCCCGGAUGAAACUAGUUUGUGGGGAUCAUUCGGAGAAUCUGACACAGCAGAGAAACCGUUAGGAGGAAGCGGAAGUAGUUUGAAAGGAGAUAGACGACCAGAUACCCUCUCAGAAGAAAGGAUAGCUCCAGACGGAUUCACCUUUGAAGAUGGCGACAGCGAACGUGUUCAUGACGAGCCGAAAAAACCGUCUACAGCUGUUGGCAGAUCCGAAAGCUGCAAAGAACGUGUACAGCGGAAGCAGACAAGAGAGCGCAGGAAACACAGUGAUCCCAAUUUAUCUAAGUCAAAUGAUGUAGAUCUCGAUAAUCAGCGUCAGCUUUCCGACGCCAACAAUUCUGGGUCUUCCUCCAAUUCCAGUUUAUCUUUAUUAAGAAGUCUUGAGAGUCCCAGCACCUCCCUCGAGCUGGUAGCUCCAUCAAACAACUCUUCAUCUUCACUUCGGGAAAGAAGUUCUGAAACCCCAGAGACUACCGUUGGGAAUUCCUCUGAACCAUUUAAACCGUCGCCUGGGUGGGAUGGAGAUUCGGACAUUGAAAUUGACCAGGACCCUCCAGAUUGGACAAAAAAUGUACCCGAAGAAACACUUUCCUCAUUGGAUCGGUUGGAGAAAAAUCGACAAGAAGUUCUCAAUGAACUAUUCCACACUGAAAGAUCCCACGUACGCAAUCUGAAAGUAGUCGACCGACUUUUCCACCGUCCCAUCAGACAACAACAACUUCUCCCGGAGAACUUAAUUCAAAUGUUAUUUGCUAAUUUGGAUGAAAUGCUUGAAAUUCAUGGCCGCUUCAACUCUGCUCUUAAAAAGUUGAGAAUGGAAGCUCCCUUAAUCGGUGAUAUUGGUCCUGUGCUCCUUGAGAUGUUUGACGGUGAAAGUGGGGAUAACUUUAAACGGGCUGCUGCCACUUUUUGUGCCAAGCAACAAAUUGGUUUAGAGAACCUGAGAGAUAAGCGAAGAAAAGAUGCAAGAUUCAAUUCAUUUCUCACCGAGUCCGAGUUAGAUUCGGUGUGCCGGCGUUUGGGAAUUAAAGACAUGAUUCCAAUGGCAAUGCAGCGACUCACAAAAUAUCCCCUUCUAUUCGAAAACUUGUGCAAUUGCACAGCAUCAGAUUCUGAAGAGUACAAACACAUUCAACGAGCUGUGGAACUAAGUAAAGAUAUUCUUACGCACGUCAACAGCGCCAAGAAGGAAGCGGAAGAUCAAGAAAGACUGAUUGAAAUUCAGAGAAAGUUGGACAAACCUUCUUUUGAAAAGGGUAUUGACAAAACAGAUCCUUCCAUCAGUGAAAUUCGGAAUCUGGAUUUCACCAAACAUCGGCUAAUCUACGAAGGACCUUUGAUGUGGCGAAUGACCAAGUCUACCAGACAAAAGUCAGAUUUACAAGAGGUGCAAGCUGUCCUUUUAGAUUCCUUGAUUGUGAUCCUGUUAAAGCAAGACGAUCGAUAUGUUCUCAAAAUACAUAAUAUAUUUCCUGGCAAAUCGGACAGGAUGAUGGCGAAGCCUAUUAUCAAGCUAAAUAAUUUGCAUCAUCGCCCUGUCGCCACAGAUAAACGGGCUUUUUUCCUCAUUUCCACUACAUCUUCAAAUAUGUAUGAACUGGUAUGUUCUACAGCUGAAGAACGCAACGUAUGGUUUCACCAUAUUACGAAGGCAGCGGACGAUUAUAAGAACCGACAGGAGACAAGGCGGUCGGAGAAUUUGCAGAAUUCAAAUUCAAACAGUAUCAGCAGUACCACAGCCGCUACCAACAUUCCAUCCUCUUUAGCAUCAUCUGACGUACAAGGAAAAGAUGUGGGAGCAGAUGGGGACGGUGAAAAAGAUUCAUCCGGGCAAUUGUUUCCUCCGAUGGCGACACCAAGCGUUUCUAAAGAACCAAGCCCUGCACCAGAGUCUACAUGUUCUGAUCCUAUUCAGAGUCCAGGUUCUCCCGAAAAAUCAGGUGAUGGGAGUGGUCGUCUACAAGUUCAAGGGACAAAAGUGAGCCGUUCCGCAAGUAUGGGUGGUCGGCCAAAAGAAGGCGAAUUCUUACAAAUAACGCAGAGUUCGCCACUUGUUGAUCCCUCCGAAGUUGUCGUAACAUCUCGUGACAUUCAAUUCGCACAAGCCGUUCUUUCGCCUCAUGAGGAACUAAGACGCGCAGAUUUGCAAGUGCAGAAGGCUUUAGAAGAAAAGCUGCGAAUUGCCAGUAAACUAUUUCACAUUCCUCCCACGCCCACCCUCGACGACUCGUCGGUAAAUAUUCUGUGCGACUCGAAAGAUGCCAAGGAAGUUAUAGUCAAAUGUAUAAAUAAUGUUGACAGGCUAAUAGGAAUAGUUAGUAAUCAAAAGUCCACAAAAGAGUAUUCAGAAUCAAAUCGGGAGCAGCAGAUUAUUCAUGCAAAUCUCAACAAAAUGUUGACGCACAUAUUAAGCGAAUUUGAAAGGAAAGAAGAAGAAUUAGAACUACGAAGACAGGAAUUGCACAGAGUCCGUGAGCAGAACCAUGGGUAUCAAGAUCGUCUCCAAAAUUUGAGUGUUUCAUCCGUCGCUAGUCCGUCACAUUCCCGUCCGUCCAGUUUAAUUACUGACCAUCAUUCGCAUGACGAAGAGGAUGCGAAGACAGUUCCCUUUCCCUCGAAGCCGCUAUCUUCAGAUCUUGUAGCUACCUCCAAUUCUGAAGAGGAAAGUGGUGCAACAUUAAUAUGUAACCCUACUCUGCAGUCUUGUGACUCGGCACAAAAUUUUGCUGACGCUACAAGCAGCGAGUCGAGGUUGUUAAAACGAGACUCGGACGCUGAAGGAGGUGAAGUCGAAAAGAAUCGAGAUUGUCCAGAGACAGAAGUUUUAAUUGUGACUACCGCUGCUGAACCACAGCUUGAAGCUUAUCAGGACGAUUCGUCCUCCAGUAGUAGCAAACCUGCAGUUACCGUACCUGACGAUAAACCUCUACAGCAACAGCAAGAAAAUGAAGAUGAAAAAUCGAAUGGCGAUCUACUACUAGUGACGACAAAUGGGCACAAUGGCGAAAGCACAAGCGAUAGUGAUCAAGCCGAGGUUAAAUCUGCUAUUUCAUCAAAAAAAUCUGACUGCAACGUGCUUCCCGAAAAUGAUUCUUCUACAGAUUUGCAAGGAGAAGCAAAAGAAACCGCCUGAAAACUUUUGCUGAGGUUUUAGUAGCUUAUGCCCAUUACUCACUGAACCCAAUUAUAAAACUGAUCCAUUUUCUCAGUGGUAAAAAUAGAUCAGUAUCAGUAUUGAAUUUAUUAGUAUACAAACAAACAAAAUAGUAGCCAACAAACAGUCAGGUGUAAAUUUUGUCACUCACCUGCUGUGUUUCUCCACUUGCGAGCUUUUAGUGAAAAAAUCUUACGACUAUGUAGAUACAUAAAUAUGUACGACUUAUGAACUUGGGACUCUCUUCUGGGUCUUAUUUGCUGUAUAACAAUCCAACCAAUAUCAGAUCGCACUAAUUAUUGACCAUGAUCUUAGAAAAUUAACACACGUGUACACGUACGUUGUACAACUUGUACUUGUACAAUUAAUUGACUGUUCGUCCGUUCCAAACUAGAAGAGAUUUUUGGCGACUUUCUACGCUCCCUAUCAAAAUGUGUUGUUUUUGUCCGUGACAUCCCUACGUACAUAUAUACUCUGUGUGUACAACCUUGUGAAGAGGCAACCGCUUUAACGCAUAUAUAAACUAGUAUAUUUAAAUAUGUAAGUAUUCUAAUAAAAUAUACCGAAAUAUACCUCUAUUACUUCCUUUUCCCUAAUCGUAAUAUUUGUACUUAUAUUUAAGUUAACUAUUUACUUUAGUGCUGAAAUUAAAGUGAUGAAUUUUUGCAUGAAAUAUGAGAUUAUAUUGUACUCGAGGUGAAUACCGUACACAUUAGACACACACCCACAAGAUAUAAUUUUGUUUGUUGAACUCGCAGAAUCAAGUGUAAUAAUUUAAUAUAAAUAAAUAAAUGUGUAACGCUAUUCAUGGAUGAUGUAGAAUUUAUUUACGAAAUGAAUAAAGCAAAGUAUUGAAAUUA